CUUGUUCCCAAGUUACAUUUAAAUAUAUAUGCUAAAGUUAAAUUCACAAAUUACAUCAGAUUUGUUCCCACGUUACAUUUGAAUCAAAGCAGUUUACAUUUCAACGAGUUACAUGUGAAUGGGUGCAAUUUACAUUUUGAUUAACUUGAAGUUACAUCUCGAAUCACACGAGUUACAUUGCAUAUAACCAUGGGUGCAUGGUGCUCACCAUGCACCGGUUGCAUAGUAUACGGCUUCACCUGAGAGCGCCUUAUUGCGUAUGCCUCAGUGCAAUAUUGCGUACGCCAUAGUCUUUUACGCAUUAUAUGCAACGUCUUUUACGCCAUAGUCUAGGAAUUAUCAGAGGCGCGCCAUGAGGUGCAAUUGCAUUGCGCAAUUACAAACAAUGGGUAUGUCAUGUCUGGUAUUUGACUAUUCAUCGACAGAUAUUCUUUGAGUUCAAAUAGGAUAAUGAAUUCUCAAAAAGCCAAAAGGCAGUUGGUGAGGCGCUAUAGGAAAAUAGAUUUCUAGAUUGACACACUAUGAAACUAUAUAUGCUUAUUUAUAAGACCAGAUGCUAGAUUUGGUUAACGGUAGUACGAUAGGUACAAAUGUAUAAUCAUGGAGGUCUAGCACAUCCGCUUAGUGUUAGACCAAUAGCUUAGGUAAAAUUUCAUUUAGUUUCUCCAACUGUCUCUCUUGACGUUCGACACGUUUAAGCUUGUGUUGCUCAAAGCCCCAAACGCUUCUAACUUCUUAGAGAAAUUCUAUUUGUACACGUUCCUAUACACAUUCUUAUACACUUGUCUGUGACCAGCGGCAGAUUUACCUAUGGUCCAGGUAGGGCCUAGGCCCAACCUCAAAAAAAAAAUUACUAGUAUAUAUGUAUUAUACUAUAUGUAGUGUUGUUAAAUAAGGUAUAACAACAAAAAAAAGUCAAAAUAAACAUGAAUUUCGUAUUAGCAAGAUGGAAAUGUACUACCGUGUUAGUUUGCAUGUCCUUAGUUCGAAUCCCAAGUACAACAUUUACUUUUAACCAUUCAAUAUAAUGGUAGAGCAAAGUGUGUAAACAUUUUUUUUACUUCUAAAAACUCUUUGUCUCACACUGGAAGAAUAAAAGGAUUCUUCCUUCAAACAUAUAUAUUUAAACUUGAUCUCCUAAGUUUAGUUAAUACAAGCUUAACACCAAUCUCAAACGGUGAAUGAGCUAAAUAGUAAUAUCGUGAACACUAUUGAGCUUUUGAAUAUUAGUCUGAAAAAUUAAUUUGUUCAAUUCAUUGGGCUUGGUAGGUGAAAAUUAGUUUAAUAUGUAUGCAUUUGAGGUGUUUUUGUAUUCGACAAAAAGUCUUAUUCCUGUUAUAUUUAUUUUUUCUUCGACAUUUAUGUUGCAAAAGAGGUUUUAUUUUAUACAUAGUAUUCUUAAACUAGUACUAUUUUACUACGUUUUGACAUUUUUUUGCAAUAUAAGUUGUUUAAUGAAUUUUUGGCCCCACCUGAUUGAAAAUGUUGGAUCCGCCCCUGUGUGUUGUCUGUGGAUUUUUUUUUUUGUCUGUGACAGACAAAACAUGCCGGUUCACAGACAAAAAAAAUGGCCCGCCACAUACAAGUGUAUAAGAACGUGUACAAAUAGAAUUUCUCAACUCCUUAUCCUUCGGUCCUUCAUGCGGAGAGCUUCUUCCAGUUUUGAAGGUAUUCCGCAGGACCUAUGUUAGGUUCAGUUGUAAGUUUUUUAUGUGAGUUUGAUGGUUUUUGAUUAGUGCUUUGAUGUUGCUAGAUACUCCUUCCACCCCGCUAAGGUUGUCCCAUUUUAUCAUUUCGGUCCGUCCCACUAAGAUUGUCUCACACCAAAUUUGUGGAACGGAGGCAGUAAUACGGAGUACAAAGUAUUACUUUUUGUCUCAGGUAGGAAAUAUGGAAGAUGGAAGGAUGAGAUUGAUGGCUUCAGACAGAUUUGUUUUAGGAAAGGAGUUCAAUUCAGACAUGUCCUGCGAGAAGGGAACGGGCCUGCGCAUUUACUUGCAGGCAUUUCUCCAGCCCAAUUUACUUUAUGGACUAAUAUGCAUCUCUUGCCCAAUCCGAUUAAGGUUGCUAUUAAUUUUGAUUUAUUUAAUUUUCCUUCUUUUAGAGGUUUAAAUUAAUGUUGUAUUAAUAGAUUAGGUCAGGUUUAGCCCCCCUAAUCUGUUUUCUUAUAUUAUUUUAUUUCGAUGUAUUUGGAGGAGGUAUGCCUUCUCUGAAGGGGUCUUGGUCUAGUCCCCCCUUCUUAUUGUUCCAAUGUUAAUAUUAAUAAAACAAUGGUAA